GAAAAAUGUCAAACAAAGCCCAAACACAAACCCAAACAAAAUAGGCCCAAAACACAAAACAAACCCAAAUCAAAUUCAAGUCAUAUUCGAACAAGGAAGAAGAGAAUGACUCUGCAAGACAAGACAUCGGCUUUAGCGUCGUCGUAGCCGCGGCGGUAGAGAACCUCAGGGGCAGUGAAAACGGGGGUUCCACAAGCGGUGUGGAGGAUUCCGUUGGCGGCGUCAACGGCGGCGUCAUCUAGGGCGGAGAGACCGAAGUCAAAAACCUUCAAAUUAUUGUCCUGGUCGAGGAGGAGGUUCUGCGACUUGACGUCUGUGACCCACGAUUCGGCGCCGGCUGCCGGAUCCCAAUCUCAUGAGAGCGUUCACCUUCACCAACACCUCACUGCUCCUCUCAAUUCCAAACUCGCUCCUCGCUCUCCUAGCUUCCAAUCGCACCCUGACAGUCCACUGUCUGCACGUCCACGUCCUCCCUUUCUAUCCGCGCUCCAAGAUCGUCGUGAUCUCCGUCGGAGAGGACACCUUCGCCGCCUCCGAGCUCCCGUUCCUGCUGUCUGCCAUCCGCAACGUCCACCUCAUUCUCAGGGACAUCGGAAUCAGGUCGAUCUCCGUCUCCACGACCUUCUCAUUCUUUAACAUUGUCACGACGACAUUUCCUCCAUCGGCGACGACUUUCAAGGAGCCGAUCGGCGAGGUGGUGAUCCAGCCGUUGCUCUAGUUCAUGGAAGACACCAACUCCUCCUUCUUGGUGAAUCUUUGUCCGUACGGCUCCCACUAAAUUUUUUUUAGUGGGUUUCCAUUUUGUUUAGUAAAUCAGCAGCGAACGGAAGGAAUGCCACUGUCGGGCCGGAGGUUGUGUUCUAGUGGUGGUGAGGCUGGGUCGGGUAGGGUAUGGGGGUGUAUAGAAAAGAAAAUAGGGGUUUUUUAUAAUAAAUUUAAUAAUGAGGC